AUGCUGCUUUUAAUUAAUGCUAUUCUAAUCUUAUGGAUUUCUACUGUUGAGGGGCAAGUGGGACAUUGUGAUUUUCCAAAAAUCAACCACGGAAUUCUAUAUGAUGAAAAGAAAGAUACGCCCGUUUCCUCAGUUCCUGUUGGGACAACUUUAUAUUAUUCUUGUGAAUAUAAUUUUGCAUCUCCUUCAAAAUCCUUUUGGACCCGCAUAACGUGCAGGGAAGAAGGAUGGUCACCGACACCCAGGUGCCUCAGGCUGUGUUUCUUUCCUUCUGUGGAAAACGGCCAUUCUGAGUCUUCAGGACAAACACACCUGGAAGGGGACACCGUACAAAUUGUCUGCGAUGUCGGCUACAGCCUUCCUGACGAUACUGAUGUCAUUACGUGUUUGGAAGGCGGCUGGUCCUCUCCUCCCAAAUGCAGCUCCACCAAUAUACGAUGUCUUGUUCCAUUUUUAGAAGCUAAUAUAAAUGCUUAUCCAAAACAAGAAAAAUACACAACUGGAGAUGUGUUGAAAUUUUUCUGCAGACAUGGACUUACAAGAGUUGGACCAGAUUCAGUUCAAUGCUAUCAUUUUGGAUGGUCACCUAAUUUUCCAACAUGUAAAGAGCAAGUACAGUCAUGUGGUCAACCUCCUCAACUCCCCAAUGGUACCAUAAAACAGACAAGGAAAGAAGAAUAUGGACACGGUGAAAUGGUGGAAUAUGAUUGUAAUCCCAAUUUCCUAAUGAUGGGGACUAAGAAUAUACAGUGCAUCGAUGGAGAAUGGACAAAUCUGCCUACUUGCGUUGAACAGGUCAAAACAUGUGGAUAUGUACCUCAACUUGAGAAUGGCUAUGCCCAGUUCUCUCUGCCUCCCUAUCGAUUUGGUGUUUCUGUGGAACUGAAUUGCAGCAGUGGAUAUACGAUGAUUGGAAAUAAUGCAAUUACUUGUAUUGAUGGAAUGUGGACUGAACUUCCUAAGUGUGUUGCAACAGACCAACUUAAGAGUUGCAGAAGACCAAGGUUUUAUUCAGGAGAACUGAUAAGUCUAAAAAUGCUUGAAUAUAAUCAUAAUGCCAGAAUAAAUUACAGAUGCUUGGGGAAGACCGCACACAUGCAAAUAUCCUGCAUAAAUGGGAAGUGGUAUCCUGAACCAAACUGCAGAAGCAAAGAGAGACCACUCUGCCCACCUCCACCUCAGAUACCUAAUGCUCAGAGUAUGCUAACCACAGUGAAUUAUCAGGAUGGAGAGAAAGUAGCUGUUCUCUGCAAAGAAAAGUAUCUACUUCAUGGAGGGAAAGAAAUCAUGUGUAAAAAUGGACAAUGGCAGUCAUUACCACAGUGUAUUGAGUCUACGCAAUAUUGUGGUUCCCCUCCACCUAUUAGCAAUGGAGAUAUCACCUCAUUCCCAUUAACAGUAUAUCCACCAGGAUCAAAAGUCCAGUACCAUUGCCAGUCUUUGUAUGAACUUCGGGGCUCCAUAUAUAUCACAUGCAGAAAUGGACAGUGGUCGGAACCACCAAAAUGCAUAGAUGCAUGUGUAAUAUCUGAAGAUAACAUGAACAAAUAUAAUGUACGGUUAAGAGGGAAGUACACCAACAAACUUUAUGUAAAAACAGGGGAUUUUGUUGAAUUUGAAUGUAAACAGCCACAUAAAGCAAAGACAUCAGUACAAUCAUUUCGGGCAAUCUGUCAGGAAGGGGAAGUUGAAUAUCCCAGAUGUGAAUGAAACAAGCAUAGUUUCUCUGAAUAUAAAUUUUAAAGGAAUCCUAUAUGUAUGUUGGAAGUAUGCAUUAUAAAGGCAAUUCUAGAAUUAAUGUA